AUGAAGUCGAGAGUGCUGCCGCACAUCUGCACCCACCCGCUGUCGGCGGAUCUGGGCGACCGGCAGAGCAGCCUGCUGCCCGGCCAGGUGCGCACGCCGCAGUUCCCGUUGCACUCGCCCCUCACUGACUGGGCCGCCACCAGCAGCCUGUGGGAGGAGGACAACGGCAGGAAUAACAACAGGAACAACAACAAUGACAUUGGGGAGCGCGAGGACAGUCAGUACCCCCCGUCCGUCACGACGCCGCUGGGGGUGUAUGCGAAGAGCGAGGUGUGGUGCACGGGUGGCAGCGCAGCCGCACCGCUGGCGGUGCCGUCCUUUACGGAUGCACAUGCGAAGCCACGCACCACCAUCAUCGUCACAGAAGCUAAAUCCCCACUACCACAGCAACUUCAACAGCACCAACAACUGGAAGCUGCAGCAGUGGCAGCAACCACAACGCUAGCGACGUCCAUGAUGGUCGGCGAUGUCGGCACGGAUGUGAGCAGUGCCACUCGGGGCGGCCCUCCUGUGUCAGCGGAGCCCCACGUGGAGGCGACAGAGGACGAGGCGGUGGUGCCCGUAGCGGGUGAGCUGCCGGUGCCGACGCCCACCAACGUAUCGACGCCGUCCCCCACGCCGAGCGGCACGUACACCGCGAGC